AUGGACAUGGGGAGGGGGAUGGGGAUGGGGAUGGGGAUGGGGAGGGGGAUGGACAGGGAGGACGGGCUCAACCUCAGCUUGUCACUGCAGCGGUCGCCUUCGUCGCCGCCGAGGUUCCAGGCGGUGUUCGCCUGUUGCUACUGCCCCAGGAAGUUCAGGAGCUCGCAGGCGCUCGGCGGCCACCAGAACGCGCACAAGGUCCAGCGCAACCUGGCCAGGCGAGGCCGGGACGCCACCACGGCGCUGUCGUUGGCGGCGGCGGGAGAUCAAGGUAAGGCCGCCGUCGAUGACGACAGCGCUCCGCUGCGCCCAGCGGACCCCGACGCCGCCGACGCGUGGGGAGGGGGGAGGGUCUACCCUCCUCAUCGCCAGCAGGGCUCGGGAGCAGCCUCGUCCGGUGCGGCAAGAGGCAACGAAGAGCUUGCGGAUGAGAUGAUUGACCUGUCCCUGAAGCUAUGA